AUGGUUUACUACCCAUUGGACUACACUACACGCGACGGCGAUACCGAACUAGCACAAGCGGUCAACACCGGCAUCAAACAGCGCCGCCGGGCUCACGAUGACACCCCGGCCGCCAUUGGCACAAACCUACGCCAAGCGAAAGCCCGCCGGACCCUUAACAUAGGCACAUGGCUUGGCCAGCGGCACAAGACCUUCUCGGCAGCACCGCCGCACCACAAGUCCAACGAAUCGCUACACGAAGGCGACGACGCAGACCACCGCGCCGGCCCCCGGACACAAGGAGUGCAAGGCACCGACAACUAUAGCAACACGGACCAAACACGUCCCAAUGCACACCGCACAAUAAAGAAGGCCCGACAGACUGAGGCCGCUGCACGAACCACCCCGGUGUGA